CCUCAAGCAAGUGUGCAAACGAUUGCAGCAUUAUGGACAAAGUGUGCUGGAUAUGCUCAAUCAGUGGGAGGUGCUUUAUAUUUCUUGGAAACAACAUGUGGCGUUCUUUAUUUGCUUCCAACCCAUAGACAUUGCCGGACUCUGCGCAGGGAUGAGGAUCAUGUCGCAAUGUGGGCCUGAUCACAGGUGCCCGAUAUCGUGCACCGGAUGGAAGUCCUUGAUCCCCAAUAUGGCAUGUACGUUUGGCCCUGUGCAGUGGUUCUGGCCCAAUAUGUGUGGUUUCAUAGAAGACUAGUCUGCGGCAAGAGAAUUUUGGAGAUUGGAGCAGGUGUGAGUCUUCCUGGGAUAGUGGCAGCAAAAUGUGGAGCAGAAAUUAUAUUGUCAGAUAACGCAGAAUCCCCUCAGUGUUUGGACAACUGUCGAAGAAGCUGCCAGAUGAAUAACCUCUCAGGAGUACAUGUCAUAGGACUCACCUGGGGUCAUGUAUCACCCAGUCUAUUGGCCCUACCUCCAGUGGACAUUAUUUUGGCAUCUGACGUUUUUUUCGAACCAGAAGACUUUGAAGAUGUUAUAAGUACAGCGCAUUACCUAAUGGAAAAGAAUCCACAUGCUCAGUUCUGGACUACACAUCAAAUCAGAAGUGCUGACUGGACUAUUGAAGGACUGCUUCACAAAUGGGAAAUGGAAAGCAUCUAUGUGCCCUUGCAAUCCUUUGAGGCCAACAAGGAACAACUGGCAGGCUCUACUCUUCCGGGGAGACAUACUAUUGAAAUGCUGAUCCUCACAACAAAUAAAGCAACCAAGUCGGAUCCUGUUACUGUUUAAAAGAGAGGUUUGCUUUGAUGUGUUUUAAAAUAAAAGUUAUUAACCUCUAA